UCCCCGCUCUGUGGCCGCGACUGUAGAGUGGGCGUAACCAUGAGGGGUCCCCUCCAGGGGCCUGGGGAGAAGGAAGACCAGGAGGAAGGGGCGGCGGCGGCCUCUGGGCGUCCUGCUGGGGGCCCGGGGGCCAAGAAGGGUUCGGACACGGAUUCGGACUCCGACCAGGAGACAGAAGGCGCCCGCAGGCCCGGCGAGCUGGGUGAGGACACCCUCUACCUGAGGUCUUGCCGGGCCCACAGCGUCGUGCCCGCCUCCUGCUUUCUGCGCCAAGGGAGCGCCCCAGAGCUCAGCCUGCGGCACCGUGGCCUGGGGCCCCAGGGGGCCUGGGCUCUGGCCCAUGCACUGACCUCCAAUCCCUACGUCAAGCGGCUGGACCUCAGGGACAACGGACUCUGUGGGGCCGGUGCAGAGGCCCUUGCGGGCGCUCUGAGCAAAACCCGCAGCAUCUGUGAUGUGGACCUGUCGGAGAACCGGCUGGGAGCGGAGGGAGCCCGGGCCAUCUGUGCUGCCCUGGUGGUGAGCCCGGCCGUGCAGAGGGUGCAGCUGGCAGGGAACGGCCUGGAGGAGCAGGCAGCCCAGUACCUGGCUGAACUCCUGCUGGCCCACACGGGCCUGAAAUCCCUGGACCUGAGCUAUAACCAGCUGAAUGACCAAGCAGGGGAGACGCUUGGACCGGCCCUGGCAGAAAACACAGGACUCACGGAGCUCAAUGUGAGGUGGAAUCACCUGCGAGGCCCGGGAGCCAUAGCCUUCGCCAGGGGACUGGAGGCAAACAUCUUCCUGAGGGUCCUGGACAUCUCAUACAAUGGCUGUGGGGAUUCUGGAGCCUCCGCGGUGGGGGAGGCGCUGAAGACCAACAACGUGCUGGAGGAGCUCUACAUGAGCAACAACCGUAUCUCCGAGGCGGGAGCCCUGAACCUGGGCCUGGGCCUGCGAGUCAACCAGACACUGAGGAUUCUUGCUGUGUCCAGGAAUCCCAUGCGAAGUGAAGGCUGCUCUGGUGUGCUCAAGUCUGUCCAGGCUAAUCCACAGUCUGCACUGGAGCUUCUGGACUUUUCUGAUAUCCAGGUGAACAGAGAGUUUGAUGAUCUUGCCAGUUCAGUGAAGGUCAUCCUUCCAGGGCUUUGCAUAAAGACGGCUGCCCGAAGAGUGGAGUACAAAAAAGAACUGCUGGCCAUCUUCAGGCCAUCUGAAUGACUAUGUGUUGUGUGACUUUCUUCUCUCUCCCAUGGGCCACUUCAACUUCAAGGUGCCUUUCAAUGCAUGAGUCCACUGAGGCCCCAUGUCAACCAGGUGGAAGUCCUACAGAGCUGGCCUUCAUAGUGACUGAGACAUCAGUGUUAACCAGGGCCUUCCAUUGUUCUCAUUCAGGUCACAGAUUUGUACUCCAAGAGAAAUGAAAACAUGUCCACACAAAAACUUGAACAUACAUGUUCAUGGCAGCAUUAUCCAUGAUAUACACAAAAUGCAAAUACCCACCAACUGAUGAGCGGAUAAAUAGAAUGUAGUGUACUUAUACAAUGGAAUAUUACUUGGCAAUAAAAAGGAUGAAAUUUGGGAUGAUGGAAAUGUUCUAAAAUUGAUUAUGGUAACGGUUGCACAAUUUCAGUAACAUACUAAAAGUAUUUGAAUUGUGUACUUCAGAUGAAUUGUAUGAUAUGUGAACUGUGUUUUAUACAGUUAAGAAAAAAAGGAACGAAGUAAUGACAUGUGUGACAACAUGGAUGAACCACUACCCUAAGUGAAAGAAGUUUAUCAUAAAAGACCACUUAUUGCACCAAUUUAAUUGGGUGACUUGUCCAAU